AUGUACUCUCGCACUUAUGUCCUUACAACUGCAAUACUCUUGGCUCUUGGAUUUGCUCUUGCUGAGGUUAAUGAUUCUCCGAUUUUCUUUCCAUUAGUGAAGGAUUGUGAUUGGACAGAACUUACUUUUACAUUCACAUCUCCAGCAUUACAAUCCCCAUCCCCAUCAGAUUCUAUCGGCGGACCAUACAACAGAUCUCGCAGUCUCAGUAGAAGCUAUCAUCGACCGAUCGUACUGAACUUUCGCGGUGGUGGUGUUGCUGGUGUAAAGCUCGACUCUUCAACCAAUAAAUCUUCAUCAAACUCAUCAUCAUCCGCAGCGACCGAGGGAUGGAAGAAUAGCAUAGCGUCUGGCUUGGCAUCGGUUUGUGCCAAGACUUUAUUACAACCCUUUGAUACCAUCAAAACUGUGCAACAACAUUCGCAAAGAGAAACCACUCUCACUCUAAUGGAAGCCAUGCAAGUUGUCGUGCAACGUGAGGGUAACUGGAAGGAUUUGUACGCGGGACUAGUCGUCUCGGCAUUGGGGAGUAUUCCUUCCAUUAGUCUCUAUUAUGGAAUAUAUUCCUACUGCAAACGAGUCUUGUUCUCGUGGAUGCUGGAAGCAAAACAACAAAAGAAAGGAAAUAUAGGUGCUGCUAGAGGAUCGAACCAAGCACUCCGAUUGCUGGCAGUGGCCAUGGCAGCAGCUAUUGGCAAUACCAUUGCAUCCUUUUCGCGAGUACCCUACGAGGUUGUCAAGCAAAAGCUUCAAACAGGACAGUACGCCAAUACCGUUGACGCCCUUGUGUCUUUGUUUCGUCAUAGUGGUUUCAGAGCCUUCUUUCCUCCCGGAGGUAUUGCCAUCCAAAUGUUGCGCGAUGUCCCGUAUGCCAUUGUCACUCUAUUGGUGUACGAAUAUCUGCGGGAUGUUUGGAAUGCCGACCAAGAUCGUCAAGUAUGGAAGGAUAUGACGAUCGGAGCCAUUGCAGGAGGUGCUGGAUCCUUCUUGACCAAUGGACUAGAUGUACUUAAGACAAGACUCCAGACAAGUCCCCCCGAAGUGUAUGGGGGAUCUAUAGUCAAGUGCGCUCGCAUCACGUUCCAAGAAGGUGGCAUCUCGGCGUUUUUACGGGGAAGUACUUCGCGACUCAUGCACAAGAUGCCCGCCAAUGGCUUUUUCUUUUACUUUUUCGAAUUAUUUCGGACCCUAUUAAAAGUGGAGCGGUCAACCCUGGAACAGCAGGAAACAUCAAAUGGUACCAAGUUGAAGGGAUAG